GCCUGCCGAGGGGGGCGGGGCGGGUUGCGUCAUCCCACCGCGCCCCGCGGCGCGCGGUGAUGCGGCGGGGUCGCCGCCAUGGCGGCGCUGUGGAGGGGCUACGGGCGGCUGCUGGCGCGGCGGCCGCGGGCCGCGCAGGCCCUCACCGCCGGGGCCCUCAUGGGAGCCGGCGACGUGAUCGCGCAGCAGCUGGUGGAGCGGAGGGGGCUGCGCGGGCACCAGGGCCGCCGCACCGUGAAGAUGACGGCCAUCGGCUUCUGCUUCGUGGGCCCCAUCCUGGGCAGCUGGUACAAGGUGCUGGACCGGCUCAUCCCGGGGGCUACCAAAGCCGUGGCCGUGAAGAAGAUGGUCCUGGACCAGGGGGGCUUUGCCCCGUGCUUCCUUGGCUGCUUCCUCGCCAUCGCGGGGGCACUGAACGGCCUGUCGGUGCAGGAGAACUGGUCCAAGCUGCAGCAGGACUACGCGGACGCCCUGCUCACCAACUACUGCAUCUGGCCGCCAGUGCAAAUUGCAAACUUCUACUUUGUCCCUCUGCACCACAGGCUGGCCGUCGUCCAGUGCGUUGCCAUCGUCUGGAACUGCUACCUCUCCUGGAAAGCAAAUCGGAUGUGAGCGGAGAGGCCCCCUCCCGUGACUGCCCCAUCUCCCCGUGUGCUGUCUGACUGCACCACGUCCAGAGCCGGCGAAAUGGGCCCCGGGCCACAGAUGGGGAUGGGGCAUCUGGCUGCCCGGUGUGCAGGGCAGCAUCCGUCCAGCUCCCUCCUCGGGAGCCCCCAUCUGCUGCUGUUCCAGCUGUUCCAGCUGUUCCUGCUCCCAGGGACGUGGGAAGUAAAGCUGGAGCCUCGUCCGCCCCAAGCCAGGCUGGUGCCAGGGGCUGCUCCGGGCCUGGCACUGGCCUGAGAGCGGCGCGCUGCCCAGGGCCGAGCUGGGUGCCCCUGCUGCCGCCUGCUCCCCCGGCGCGGCUCGGUCCCCGCUGCUCUCUGCGGCCACGGGCAGCUCGGCGUGGGCAGGCCGGGGCGGCCCCCGCGGCGGGCAGGGCCCUCCCCGAGCUGGGGUCGGUGCUGCUGAGGGGGCGGCUGUGCGGGCUGCCCGGCCUCCGCCGCCCCGCGGCAGUGAGCACCGUGGUCCGGUUGUGCCGUGCGGUGCCAGGAGGUUUCCUUGGCCCUGCUGCUGGCAUUUGGCACCCAAUAAAUGGGGUUGGUCUCUCCUGA